UCCCUCGAUGCGUUCGGCUGCACCUUCAUUCUCGCGCCCGCAAUGAGCGUUCGCAUCUCUGCCGAGGACGCACUGCUGCUUUCUGCGUUCGCCGUCGCCGAUUUAUCGAUACUCGUGGAGUCCGAAUGCCAGGUUAGGGGCGGCGAUUGGCAGGCCGUGGUCCCAAAGUUAGGCCCCGAUGCCCGCCGAGUGCAUGCCGAGGAGAAUGCCGGCGGCGCGUCGGUCAUCAGCGAGGCGCUAUCGAUGGAGGUGCUCUGCCGACUGCUCGGGGCGAGGCUGGUCUGCACCGAGCUCGAGCUGAGGUACUUCCCAGCGGCGGGUCCAAUCACUGACUAUGCCAUCGCGCUGCGCGGCGGGGACGUGCUCGGCGUGUCGGUUACGCGCGCCUUCUCCUUCGGCGAGGCGGCACUGAGCGUGCCGCACGCCGCGGCGCUGCUCUCCAAGAAGCUGGCGGGCAUCCUGCACUCGUCGCGCACGUGCUUCAACCAGAACCUGUCAAAGCAGAUCCUGCACGUGUGGUGCGACGGAGCGGCGGACGUGGCGCUGCUGCGGCUUGCCUUUGGCCUCGUCGGGCCAGAGCUGAGCGCGAGUACACUGGUGCUCGUGACGCGAUGCGAGAACCUGCCCGAGCUCUUUACGGAGAAGGGCAAGGCGCCACGCAAGCGGGCGCGGCCCCUGAAGGGCCUGAAGGACGAGGCUCAUCUUGCUGCGCUGGCAGAGAGCUGCCCGCUGCGGCCGCAGCAGAGGCGAACGACCGCGGUCGACACGGCUCUCCGCGCGGGGUCACGACUGAGAGGGAAGAAUUGAGACGCGCGGUUGAGCUGUGGUGAAUCAGAAAUGCUUUCAAGUUUCUCAUAUAUA